AUGGAGCCUUUCCAAAAGCAGAGGCUUAUUCAGAACUAUUGGAGGAGACUGGGCAUGGAAGCAGCAAUAUCUAACAUCAAUGGCAAGAUAUGGCUAUUUCUUGAUGUUGUGGUCCAGUGGGAUGUGGUGAUUGACACUGACCAACAACUUACUAUCAUGGUUUAUCAUCAAGAUAUUGAGAAGCACAUCAUGAUGACCUUUGUAUAUGCAAAAUGUUUAUCCAUGGAAAGAUUAGAAUUGUGGGAUAAUCCACACUACCUUGCUAGAGACAUGGAAUUACCUUGGGUGGUUGGAGGGGACUUUAAUGUGAUUCUUAAUGAAGAAGAGAAGAUUGGUGGACUGCCAGUUUACCCUCCAAAAUAUGAAGAUUUUGCCUUUUUUGUAAACUCCUGUGGUCUAUUUGACAUGGGGUACAAAGGAAGUCCAUUCACAUGGUGGAAUGGGAAACCAAACUCAGAAUGCAUAUUCAAAAGGUUGGAUAGAAGUUUUGUUAAUGUGCCAUUCUAG